UCAACGAGACAACCUACAAUAUUUUGUAUUAAAAAAAAAAAUUGAAAUAAUUUCAAUAUGUAGAUACCGAUAGUUGCUUGUGCCAUCUCUAAUAGAAUAAUUAUUGUUUAGAUUUUUAUUCGAAACAAUUGGAAGGAAAUGGGUGGAAAGAGCUAUUUUUGCGACUAUUGUUGUUGUUUCAUGAAAAACGAUAUAAAUGUGCGGAAACUGCACAACAGUGGCAUCGCCCACACAAUUUGCAAAGCCAAUUAUGUGCUGCGCUUGAAAGAUCCAAGAACUGUAUUGAUGGAGGAACGCCUCAAGCAGCCUUGUCUGCGCUACUUCAGUGGCUACUGCAAAUUCGAAUUGUUUUGCAAAAACAGUCAUUUCACCAAAAAGCAGUUGGAAAAGCUGGAAAAAUUGGUUUUAACCCAAAACAGAAGAGAGUCUCGGAAAAAGCAGAAGCCCAGGAAGUGGCCAUGGAAGACACUAUCCCAAAAAGGACUUCCUCCGUCCCUGCAACCCAUUAACUUGACCCUGCUUAAGAAAAGCAAUUUCGAACUCAACUGGGGUUAAUAGCUGCCCUAUUUAAAAUAGUUUAUUUAAACUACACUUAUGUACAAUAAAUAUUAUGAAUUCAAUAAUCCAA